UAAUUUAAUCUGGUAGGUUGUUAUUAACAUCAGAAUACUGUAUUCGUUAUCAUGACGGAAGAGGAUGACUAUACACCAAUUUUCACUUGUGAAGCCGAUUUUGAAAAAAUAUGGAGAAGGGAUGACCAUGUCAAGUCCAAGUGUUUUUCAGAUGCAGCUGAUGAAUUAUUAGCCCACUCAUUUGUUUUCAAAUCGUUUCGAAAUGAAUAUGAAACUGAACAUUUAUUUAGUAAAGCAUGUUUAAAGAAAUUGAAGUCUGGUGAAUUGAACUUUGAUAAUUUAAUACCAAAACAGGAAUCAGAAAAAUCAACUGCUGUCCCUGGCUAUACUCCUGAAUCAUUCAUUCCUAUGACUUCAGAACUCACUAAAAAAGAAAUGUCUGAUUGUUUUGCUAUGUAUCAAGACAUUUGUAAAAAUAAAACUCUUGAUAAUGAAAUAAUGGUGACUUACAAUGAAUACAUGCCAAAAAUUCAAAAAGAACAGAAGCUCUACCAAGAAAUGGCUAAAGAAGCCUGGUUUCGAAUAAAUAAGGAAAGACACAAUAAAAUUAGACCAGAGAUUGUUGAAUUCAGCAACAGGCUAUGGAAGGAAAGACUGGAAAGAGUUUCAUGGUAUCCAAAACAUUAUGUUAAAGUUGCGGAUAUUUCAUUGUUUGAUGUAGGAGAAAACAAAACUUCAGAAAUGAAACAUAUUAAACUUUCAAAGCAUGUGGGGCUCAUACCUCGUUAUAAUAUUCCGAAUUUGAGAAUGAAUAAACUAAAUCUGUAUAAUAGCUCCGUUGAAGAACUUCAAAAGGAAGAUGGAGAACAAAGUCCUGUUUUUAACAGUUACAAACCUGUUCACAAGACCUUGCAAAAUUUGGGAUAUCAUCCAGAUGUUAGUAAAGAUAAAAUUGCUGAAAAUAUUGCACUUACUAAUCAUGCUCAGGUUGUCCUAUCAGCCAGUGGAUUCUUGCAUUUACUUGAUAAUCAUCCAACAAGUGUUGGAAAAUCAUGGAAUUUACCAAUCGUAAUAAAAGAAACUUGUGUAGGUAAUGAGAAAAAGAAGAUUAUCUACAUAGAUAAAGCAUUGCCGAAAAAAUCAUUAACUGCUGUUGAACGGAUUAAAUGGUUUUCCAAAAUACAAAUUAAAAGAUUGUUGAAACACUGUAAUGGAUUAUCAAAAAAUGAUAGAGAAUAUGCUGAACCUUUUGAUGAUAUAGAUUAUGACUUUACUGAACUUGAAACAUUCGGUAUAAAUGAAGAUAAUGCUAUGAAAGGUAAACUUGAAGCAUCACCUCCAUCACCGUGCUCUGAUUCAGAACUAAUAAUUGAUGCAGAUUUGUCAGAAAAAGAAAGUGAAACCAGAGAUCAUGUGAUUUCUACUGUGACUCAGCCGAAAAGACAGCAGACAAAUCAGAGGUUAAGAGAAAAACUGUAUUAUAAUCAAUGGUCCCUGGUCAGUGAAAAUUCAAAUUUGCUUUUAAAAUCUAACUUGAAGGAUUUGAAUGUUAUAAUUCGUUCAAAAUCUGGUGGAAAAGGAAAGAAGAAAACUGAUUUAUUCAAACUUUCUUCAAAGUUAGAAUACCAAACUGAAUAUGGAGCUGAAGUGGUUACAUUGAAUGAAGGAAUGCAAGACUGGGGAAAUAUCAUUAUUAGGCCAGGUUACAAGCUGCUAAGAGCUCGAAUAAACCCUUUAACAGGGGAUGUUGUAAUGUUUGAGGAGAAAUCUCUUCAAGAUCUUACCACUGAAAUAAAACGUUUUUAUAAAUUUAAUCCACAUUCUCGUUUGACUUGUAUUCAUAUGAUGUUGGGAAAACUUUUGGAAUUUGAACCUGGAAAUUACCUUUUGUCACUCUCUCCAGAAAAUGAAAAUUUUGCUCAACUUUACAAAUCUGAUACUAGCAAACAUACGUUCAACUUGUCUCUAAGUUACCAAAAGGUUAUCCCUGAAGAAAUUGCAUUACCAAGACCUCAAUGGUGUGAAAUAGACAGAUUUGUUUUAACCCCAACAUUCUUCUAUUUCCGUCGUAUACCAGCAAUGUUCCAUCCAAAGAGAGCAGUGCCAAUUACCUCAAAACUUGAAGUCAGACCUAAAAAAGGUGUGAUAAAGAAGUGUUUAGUGGUAAAAAAAAAGAAGAAAGCAGAUAGGAAAACAAUUGAAAAGCAACAUAUGCUGAAAACUAUUUCAGACUCUGAUACUUGAACACCUUUAUGUUUAAAAACUAUUCUGAAAAAGCCUGACUGUGAUUUUCUAUCUACUUAUAGAAGCUGUGACUGUGUAUAUUAAAAUAGUUGUUUGCUACAUUCCUAUCAGGACAAACUGUCAUUGAUUAAUAUGUAUAUACUCAAAAGUUUAUAUCAAUAAAUUAUUUCUAUUA